AUGACUCUGGGAGAACAAAUUGUUCGUUUAUUGGAAAACAGAAAUGGGCAGCAAGAAGAGUCCACUUCUUUACGUGACCAAAUUCAGAAGGCAAUAAACAAUUCUAUGGCAAACGCAAAUCCUUUUGAAUUCGGCCCUCAUACUGAACAACAAUGGAAAUCUAGAUUGACUGCCACAGAAAGGGCACUCGGUCCUUACAUUGAGUUAUUAUUACCUGAACUUCGUGAACGAAUAUUGGAGUCAGGCGGAAAUGGUGGAGCAAUGGGGGAUGAAAGAGAGUUGAUAAUUGAUGAAUUACAUCGUUUUAGGCAUUUCCUUGCUCGAAAACCAGUUAAAGAUAAACUACAGGCUGAACGUCAAACACUAUUUGCUCGACUUUAUGAUGAAAUGAAUUCUCAACAGCAUAACUUUGAACGUCUUCUAAGUGCUUCUAAUCUUCCAACUGGCCGAUUUCUAACCGAAAUUGCAGCAAAAAUUUAUGCUCUACGUGCUCAACGUUCUCAAGUUGAUAAACUUCAAAAGGCCGGCGUUGCCUUUUUCGAAGACCUUCCAAAUUAUGAACGUUUUGAACAAACACUUAAGGAACUGUCAGAACAGUUAAUUGCAGCGGAACAAGAACAGUUUGAUGCGUGGUGUCGUGAUAUGAUUGCACAUAUUGUGGAUGGGGGAGUAAAUGAUGGAGAUUCUAUUUCUUUACAGACAACUGGACGUUUAAUGGUUUUGGAAAGAGCCCGUGGCAUUCUCACUGUCAGUUUCAGUGAUAGACUUGCUCGUUUGCUUCGUGAAGUCUCCCAACUCCAAUCCAUGGGGUUUAAAGUGCCAGUAAAAAUACUGGCAUGUGUCCAACAAGGGGAACGUUUCUACGAAUAUGGAGUGCUUUUGAAGCAGGUUGCACACUUUUAUAAUACAAUAGAAAAACAAAUGCUUCCAUGCCAACAGGCAAUGUUAUUAGAUGAGGCUUUGGCAUUUGAACAAUUAGUUGUACCAUCUUCUAAAUCUGGAGGAGAUAGAAAACAAAAAACAGCUGUUAAUUUAACAUGGGAAAGUCCAGAAAAGUUGAAGGGAUAUAUUGAACGUUUACGUGAAGCUGCCCUCCAAUUAACUAGCCAUAACCGGUCAGAUAAAAUAUAA